GAGCUACUCAUGGAGCCUUUCACUCAGAGUGAGGGGGGUUCACGAGUGCUGGGUGCGUGAGGUGGAACGCCGCCGCAAUUCGUACUUCCCCGGCCCCAGAAGUAUUUUGCUCAGCCUCGUGUCAGGGUCUGACCCUGCACCCGCGUUCACAUCUAAUCCGACAGCUUGCUUCAUCCGUUCUUUUCGUGCUGCCAGGUUGGCUUGGCUAAAGGCAAAUUCCUGCGCGGGAGAUCUUGAGCCAUGGGUUGUGGAAGCAGUGCAUACAAGGAGCCGCGGAAGAUCCCCUCGAAGCACUUCCAAAACUUCGAGGCCCAGAUGCCAUCCUUGCAAGGAAAGGUCUUCGUCAUCACUGGCUGCACCUCAGCUGGCUUCAUCGCGGCCCGAAGUGCUGUGCGUAAAGGCGCGCAUGUGGUGAUGCUGAACCGCAAGAGCGAGCGAGCGAAGGACGCCGAGCAGAAGCUUCUGCAGGAGGUUUCCGGCAGUCAGGUCACCGCCGUAGACUGCGACCUGCAGAGCUUUGAGAGCGUGCGUGGUGCCGCGCAGAUCCUGCGGAGCAUGUUUGCGGAUGAUGGCAUUGACGUCCUCUGCAACAACGCCGGCGUCAUGGCGCUGGAAGACAAGGCGACUAUCGACGGCUAUGACGUGCAGAUGCAGACGAACCACUUGUCUCACUUUCUGUUGACGAAGGAGCUUUUUCCGCUCCUGGAGAAAGGAGCGCAGCUGCGGGGAGAGGCGCGGGUUGUGAACCACUCCUCAGGGGCGCGGAACGUCCCGAAGAAGGACCUCCAGGCAAAGUACUUGGGCCAGAAUGGUGGCAACCUCGGGGGCAAUGGCUCCUCCAUGCUCGCCGGGGGCGCCCGAUGGCAGCGGUACCAGCAGACAAAGCUGGCCAACGUGGUGUUUACGCUGGCGCUGGAUGAGAAGCUGAGGGCCGCCAACUCCAAGGUGAAGGCUUUGGCCGCUGCCCCUGGCUUGGCAGCGACAAACCUUCAGGUGACCACGCACUCUGAGGGCGGCAUGUCGGAGACCUGGAUCAUGCGUUGGGCGCAAAGUGCGGAGGACGGCACCAUGCCGCUGCUUUGCUGCUGCACAGCAGGAGUGGAGUCGGGGGACUUCUAUGAGCCCGGGGGCACCAUGCGCAUGAAGGGCAUUCCGCAGAAGUUCCAGCUGGAACCUCGCUGCACCAAGGUGGAGUCUCGCCGGAUGCUGUGGGAGGAGAGCGAGAAAGCCUGCGGGGAGUUCAAGAUCUGAGAAACUGGCCAAUUCAUGCCAGUUCAUUGCUGCUAAAUACCAAACCCGGCAAGGGUGUAAUUACCCAACCCAGGUGUCAUUUUUGCAGGGGGCAUCGAAGAAUGCCGCCCUCCAGCUCGGAGCUGCGAGACUUGUGCAGACGAGAACAGAACUGAGCACAGGCGUCUGCGUCCUUCGCCAACAAAAUGCCCGCCAGCCAGCGGACUUCUUAUGAUGCCGGUUCGUUGACGCAGACGUGAGCUGUGGCAGCAGCGCAUCGGGCAACCCAGAUGAACCCUCCCCCACCC